AUGGUUGAAUCGCCUGAAUCUCAGGCAUCUACUCCGACCCAGAACCCAGCUACACCUCUUGCACCGACGGAACAACCUCUACCCUCCACCAUGUUACAAUUUGAGCAUCAUGAAGCCCUUCCAUCAUUCAUGACAGCCAUGGUCACUCAAAUGAAUCAAGUUCUCCACCGCCUAGAUGAGUAUGAUCAACUGAAGGCAGAAAAUCAUCAGUUAAACCAAUCGUUGGCUGCUGCCGAAGCUCGAAUCGCCCAGCUUGAAGCUCAAUUUGAAACCCAAUAUGCUGACUCUACCCCCAUUGGAGCAAUGGCUUCUAAACCUCCCUACAACCGACACUUCCCCAGUCAAGGACACAUGGGCUUCUCGCACUAA